CCAGCUCAGUGUUUAUGUCUUUUUUUUCACUCACACACAGAGGAGCCAGAGAGAAAGGGGGACCUCGCGUAUACCGGCUUUGUGGUUUUCUGUCGUUCUCAGACAUUUUGAAAUCACCCUUGCCAGCUCUUUCCUCUACAUCUGAUGAUGCCCGUCUCUGAUCACUGAUUUCAACUCCGUUUAUUCACCAAACCGUUUUACACUUUGGAAGAAGCUGUCACGCUCUUCUCCCUGACCUUAUCAUAUGAACAUAGAAGAAUACAUUGAAGAAGAUGAGGAACCACCUUUACUGCUCAGCUCUUGUCCUUCUAACGGUGUUUGGCUGUGGUGGGACUGCAGUGGUGCAGUGUCGGUCGGGGGAAGGAUGCAUGUGUCUGCAAUGCCCUGCUGGUCAGGAGCCUUCCAAGGCUUGUGAGCAGAUCCAGAGUCCAGCAGAGGAAGUUCAAUGCCGACUGUGCCCGAAUGGAAGCUUUUCAGAAGCGCUCAACUCAGAUCUUUGUCGCCCACACACCUCCUGUGAGAUACUUGGCCGUGUGGUUUCCACCCCUGGUACUGCAACCUCUGAUGCUGUCUGUGGAGACUGUCUGCCUGGGUUUCACUCCUCUGCUACAAGGGACGUUUCCACCCAAAGUCCCUGUGUGAAAACAUCUUUGCAUGUCAGAACAAUCCGCACAGUGGGCAAAGGUCCAUCCAGUGGUGCAGGAGGGCCCAUCAAUGGCACAGUUGUGCGCAGCGCAGAAGAGAAGUCCGCAGAGUACGCCGUGUUUGCUUUGGUGCCCAUCUUCUGCGUGAUGGGCCUGCUAGGCAUCCUCAUCUGCAACAUCCUGAAGAAGAAGGGAUACCGCUGCUCUGCUGACAAGGAAGGAGGGGACGAAGAAACUACAACACCACAGAAAGAAGGUAACAACUGUCCCUACAUUUCUGAUGACCUUAAUGAAGACACCAUUAGUGUGCUGGUUCGCCUCAUUACAGAGAAGAAAGAAAAUGCUGCUGCACUGGAAGAAUUGCUGCUAGAGUACGAAAGCAAAGAGAUGGCAAUGAGCAAGGGCUCGUCAAUCAAGUUCCCCAUGCUGUCUCCCCUCGCCACCUUCCGCUCCCUCCCCAGACUCUGCCCCCAUCAGUCCCACCUCCACACCAUCUCCGGGCUCUCCGGCUUGGCCCCCCGACACGGCUACCGCUGCACCCGCUGCGCCCAGAGAAAGUGGCCCCCUGUCCUCAUACCUCCCCUGGAUUCCCUCAAAGAUCCCCUGAAGCCCCCUCAGAACCUCAUCCUGCCCUGUCUGGAUUCUUCCACCGACCAGCAGAAGAGACCCCUCCUGGGGGGAGUGUUUGUUGACACCCGUCAAACACAAGCUGAUGUGCCAAAUGUGCAGGAGAAAGUGGAGAAGAGUGAAGUGAAGGAGAAGAAGGAGGGAGAGCUUACGGUGAUGUCUGUGGGAAGAUUUCAGGUGGCUCAGAUCCCCGAGCAGAAACCAGUCCCCGUGGAAAUUAAGAGAUCCUCCCAAGAACAACGACACUCCCUGUUCGGGGUGAAAUCCUUUGCUUCAUUCUCUGCCAUCAGGAGAUGAGCAGACAAAAGGAAGGUGUGAUUAAGCUACCUCGCUGAAGAUAACCUCAUCGUUUGCUGACGACUCGACAGCCGGCAUGGAGAGUGUCUCUACAUGACUGACACCCUGAAACAAACUGCAAGAACCACCCACCGCUGGAAGAAGGUUGUUUCUAAUCACGCGAUAAGAGGAACACAACUGUAUUUAUUGUUACAGAAAAAUAAUGAACUUUAAAGUAUGUACCAUCAUACGAGUCAAACUCAAAUCACAGCUGCUUCCAAUCCAAAGGGAAUGUUUCUGUUUGGAUUACACACAGGGGACAGAGUGGAGAGACACUAAACGGACUCUUAGCUCCUGUAUUUAUGCUUCCAUGGGAUUUAUAGACUUGCAGAGGCUGACACCCAUGCAGGACACAUCUACAGCCAUUAUAGAACAUGGAUAUACUUGCAUUGAAGGUAUUAAAACACUGUAGAAUACACAACUGACAGAAAUGUUAAAAAAUAAUUCUACUCACUGACGUGUGUAGGCAAAAAAAAAAGGAAAUAUUGAGUCAAUUUGUCUGCAAACAAGAGUCAACUUCACCAAACUGGAUGAAGAUUUUCUUGACAAAUUUACUCAGCAAAUCAGGCAGCACAUAUUUAAAGAUAUAUAUAUUCUCCAUCAUUUUUUAAUUACUUUUGUUUUUAUAAGAAAUUGCAAGUGAGUUCAAGUUUUGUAUCUGAACGAUGUUGAACGUAGCCUUCUCAAAGAUGCUCAUUGAAUCUUUGGGAGUUCAGAGGACAUUCGUUCAGGGAUGCACAUGUUUUCACCCACAGUUAGCAUGAAUAACAUCUGUAUUUCAAACACUCUUAGACUUGGUCCAUGUAGUCAAUCAGAGGCCAAAUAGUGCGCGCAGGAGGUCCCAUGAAGGCAUCACAGCAUUUUGUUUUACCAUACUGCAUUGCAACGGCAGUAAAGGCUGCCAUUGUUGCAGUCCUUGAGUGAAUAAAAAAGAUGAGGUAGAUAUUACUUUUGUAGAAUAACACAUGUAAAUAAAUGUACAUAUGUAAAUAUGGAAGGGGUUGGGCGUAGAAAACUGAUGAUACUGAUGAUAGAUAAAAAUGGCUUUGUUAUUUUGGCGUUGUAUGAAUGGAGUUAAAGGAAAUGCGCCAAUUACAGACAUUUCUAAUCAAUGACCAAAAACGGGCAAACUUACAUUAUACAGAUAAACUGAACUGCUGCUUAAAAACAACAGAAAACUUUUCACCAUUUGAGUGAAACCUAAUUUUUUUUAUUUUACAAAACAAAGUGUUCAAGUUUCUGUUCUGGACUGAACUUUUAAAACCUAAAGUCCUGCACACACACGCAGUUUGAACAGCCAGACUCCAAUUAUGUAAUCCCAGUAACUGUAAAAAAAAAACACUCCCACAUCUGCACACACACAUGCACAUACACAAGCAUAUUUACUUUUUAUGGUUUAAUUAAAUAAACCAACCAGUGGCUGCAGAAGAUUAGUGGUUGAGAUGCCUCAAAGUCUUGCUGCUCAGUCGGCUUUGCUUCACAUCCUCGUGGGUUUUAAAGAGUGUACAGUAAGCAUGGAGGUUUUUUAGCUGCUCAUUUUCAUAUUUUCUCAUUAUGUUGUUACAAGUCAUAUGACAAAUUGUCUGGAGGACUGGAUUUUUAUUGGUUGCCGCAGUUAGAUGUGUUCAUAUCAUCUGUUUUCAUGACUAUUCUUAGUUUUUUUUAAGGAUUAUUAUUAAAUGUUUUCAAGCUGAGGAGUUGCUUGUCUGAAAGAAUCUUAAAAAACUUUCAUCUCAUCAAGUUUGUAGAUUGCAUUUAUAAUAUGAAACUUUUCUGUAUGAUCUUUUUACUCUUGAAAUAAAGAGGAGGUGUAUUUUAAA